ACGGAUUUCCGUAGGUACCCUCGCAUACACUCUAGUGAACAGCUAUAUCACUGUGAAGGAAAUGAAUGCAAUAAAUCUUCUAGACAAAACGGUGCUCUGAAAGUCCACCUGCGCACCCACACAGGCGAGAAGCCCUAUAGCUGUCAGUAUAGAGACUGCCUCGAGGCGUUUUCCAAUUCUUCGACUUUAGCGCGUCACCGACGGUUUCACGCAAAAAAAGCGUCCGUAUGUAUGCGAGCUGCCCAGCUGUGGACGAAGGUAAGGUGA